ACAGCCGAAGGUCAGAAAGGCCGCCAGGAAGUUCAGAAAGACCGCCACGAAGUUCAGAAAGACCGCCAAGAAGUUCAGAAAGACCGCCACGAAGUUCAGAAAGACCGCCAAGAAGUUCAGAAAGACCGCCAAGAAGUUCAGAAAGACCGCCAGGAUGUUCAGAAAGACCGCCAAGAAGUUCAGAAAAACCGCCAAAAAGUUCAGAAAGACCGCCAAGAAGAUCAGAAAGACCGCCAGGAAGUUCAGAAAGACCGCCAAGAAGUUCAGAAAGACCGCCAAGAAGUUCAGAAAGACCGCCAGGAAGGUCAGAAAGACCGCCAGGAAGGUCAGAAAGACCGCCAGGAAGUUCAGAAAGACCGCCAAGAAGUUCAGAAAGACCGCCAGGAAGUUCAGAAAGACCGCCAAGAAGUUCAAAAAGGCCGCCAAGAAGUUCAGAAAGACCGCCAAGAAGUUCAGAAAGACCGCCAGGAAGUUCAGAAAGACCGCCAAGAAGUUCAGAAAGACCGCCAAGAAGUUCAGAAAGACCGCCAGGAAGUUCAGAAAGACCGCCAGGAAGGUCAGAAAGACCGCCAAGGUCAGAAAGACCGCCAGGAAGUUCAGAAAGACCGCCAGGAAGUUCAGAAAGACCGCCAGGAAGGUCAGAAAGACCGCCAGGAAGGUCAGAAAGACCGCCAAGAAGGUCAGAAAGACCGGCAGGAAGGUCAGAAAGACCGCCAGGAAGUUCAGAAAGACCGCCAAGAAGGUCAGAAAGACCGCCAGGAAGGUCAGAAAGACCGCCAGGAAGGUCAGAAAGACCGCCAAGAAGGUCAGAAAGACCGCCAGGAAGUUCAGAAAGACCGCCAGGAAGGUCAGAAAGACCGCCAAGAAGGUCAGAAAGACCGCCAGGAAGGUCAGAAAGACCGCCAUGAAGGUCAGAAAGACCGCCAAGAAGGUCAGAAAGACCGCCAGGAAGGUCAGAAAGACCGCCAAGAAGGUCAGAAAGACCGCCAGGAAGUUCAGAAAGACCGCCAAGAAGGUCAGAAAGACCGCCAGGAAGGUCAGAAAGACCGCCAGGAAGGUCAGAAAGACCGCCAAGAAGGUCAGAAAGACCGCCAAGAAGGUCAGAAAGACCGCCAGGAAGGUCAGAAAGACCGCCAAGAAGUUCAGAAAGACCGCCAGGAAGGUCAGAAAGACCGCCAGGAAGGUCAGAAAGACCGCCAGGAAGUUCAGAAAGACCGCCAAGAAGGUCAGAAAGACCGCCAGGAAGGUCAGAAAGACCGCCAGGAAG